AUGUUUCGAUUUGGGCUGGAUGGUCAGCGUGGUCGUUCUGUAGGAACGGAAGUUCUUCCGUGUGACGAAAAUAAUCCAUCGUCGAGCGUUACAUCAUCUUCCGUGCCAUCCGACUACGACGUGGUCGAUCCAUAUGAGACAGAUCGCCGAGAAGCGAUGCGACAACUUUAUCCGGACGAGUUUGCCACUUACACGACAUCCAAAUCGAUGCCAAACUUUCGAAAGAUUCCGAGAAACGAUGAGCAUGUUUUCAGAGUUCACGGGACACAGAUAUUCAGUGGAGGAAAACCGAUAGAGCUGAAUCAAACCGGCAUCGUUCCUCAUAUCAGGAAAUCUCUGGAAUCUUUUCCACAAGGUAAGAAAUCGGGCGAUUUUUCUGAAUGGGGCGGUCAUGUGGAUAUCACGGAUUCCAAAUUUCUGGGCGGCAAUAACAAUAUUGCAGCCGCUGGUAGUCAAAAGCAGCUGGGCGGCGAGGAAUUGAUGGAGGUGGUGGAGAAGAACGGCUUCGGAAUCACCGGAUUCAAAGUCCGAAAAUUUAUACCGUCGGAAAAACGUCAUGUUCAUUCCGGCGAAGUGACUGUAAAACCAAAGUCGAGCCUUCAUGACAAUGAGUUCUCGCCGAAGACGUCGAUUGAAACAUUGAACGCACUGGACUGGAUGUUACAGAAUAUUACCGACAUCUCCGAGCGUGACGAUGAACUAUCUAUGAGGCCAUCGGGUAGCCUCGAUUCCGGUGUGAUUAAGGAGAACCCGCUUAUUGACCAGCCUAUCAGUACAACGGAAGCAGCAGAGAUCGUAGUCCCAGUAAUGAGCAUAAUCAGCACAACGGAACCGGCUGAGAUUGUAGUGCCAAUGAUGAGCACUAAUGGGCCAAAGAUCGGAAAAUCGCGAAUGUUGAAGAAAUUUCCGAAAUUUCGAAGACGAAUCACAGAAGUGAGCCAAGCUCGAUCGUUCGGUUUCCGAACGCUGAUCGACGAUAAGGAGAAAUUUGAUCGGAAUGAGCCGCCGAACGCCUUUGACUCUCAACAGAGUCCAAUAGCCGAUUCUACUACUGAGAAUGAUGUGAAAUCUGCUCAACUUCUAGAAGAAAUCAUAGCAUUGGAGGCAUAUCAAAGUUUCACCUGCAGUGCUUUCUAUUUGAAGACUAUGAUGAUGAGCUUAGAAAAGGAAGUGGAAGAGGCGCAUAACGGAACGCUACACGAUGAAGGAACAAAGCCAGCAGUGAUCGACUCUUCUUCACAGAGAGAUCAAGAAUCGCCAUUGGACAUGUCAUCGGUUUCUUCUGAAAGCGGGUUUCUAUCGAUGGCCAGUAAAUCACAUAAAGGAUUCCAUCAGCAACCGAUCCAUUUCAUCAUCGAAACUGCCACUACUAUAGAAAUAUCUCGAUGGUCAGAUUGGAGUGAAUGGGGCGAUUGCUUCUGUGACAAGCAAGUUCGUACGAGACGAUGCAUCUACUCGAGCUCUAUGAGUCACGGAUGCGAAGGAGAGUCCUAUGAGUCUCGUAAUUGCACAGGUGGAUGGUGCAUCACUUCAUCGCCACCAGUAAGAGGAGAAUCCACCAAAUUAAAUCGAUCACCGGUGCGAUCACUAUCUUAG